AGGAUGCACCCGCCCCUCCGCGCCCUCCUCCUCCUCGUCGUCCUCCGGGCCUCGCUGCUGCCCGCGCGCACCUCGGGCCGCGCCCCCGCGUCCCCGGGCCCCGCCGCCGCCCUGCUCCAGGCUCUGGGGCUGCCCGACGCGCCCCAGGGCGCGCCCACACCCCGGCCCGUUCCCCCACUCAUGUGGCGCCUCUUCCGCCGCCGGGAACCCCCGGAGGCCAGGGCGAGCCCGCGGCGUACACCCGCAGGAGCCCCCCUGCGGCCUUGCCACGUGGAGGAGCUGGGGGUCCCCGGAAACAUCGUGCGCCACGUCCAGGACCGCGGCGCGGCCGCCCGGCCCCCCGCCGCGGCCGCGGGCCAGUGCCCUGAGUGGACCGUUGUCUUCGACCUCUCGGCCGUGGACGCCGCGGAGCGUGCGACCCGGGCGCGCCUGGAGCUGCGUUUCGCCGAGGCGGCCGGGCCGGGCGGCUGGGAGCUGAGCGUGGCGCGGGCGCCUGGACCUGCGGGCGCCGAGCCGCUGCUGCUCCGCCAGACCGUGGCCGCGCCCGCCUCGUUCGUGCGUGCCGAGCUGCUGGGAGCCGCCUGGGCCCGCAACGCUUCGGUCCCGCGCAGUGUCCGCCUGACGCUGGCGCUGCGCCCGCGGCUCCCCGGCGCCUGUGCGCGCCUGGCCGAGGCUUCGCUGCUGCUGGUGACCCUCGACCCGCGCCUAUGCCACCCACUGGUGCGGCCCAGGCGCCAGACCGAGCCCGCGGUGGGUAGUGGUCCCAGGGACACGUGCCGGGCGCGGCGCCUCUACGUGAGCUUCAGGGAGGUGGGCUGGCACCGCUGGGUCAUCGCGCCCCGCGGAUUCCUGGCCAACUACUGCCAGGGCCAGUGCGCGCUGCCGGUGGCGCUGCCUGGGCCCGCUGGGCCGCCCGCGCUCAACCACGCUGUGCUGCGCGCGCUAUUGUACGCCGCCGCACCGGGCGCCCACGAACUGCCAUGCUGUGUGCCCGGGCGCCUCUCGCCCAUCUCCGUGCUCUUCUUCGACAACAGCGACAACAUCGUGCUCCGGCACUACGAGGACAUGGUGGUGGAUGAGUGCAGCUGCCGCUGAGCUGCCUGCAGGCCUGGCAUCAAUAAACCCGAUGUGGUCUACUGUU